CCUUGGUUUGGUUAGCAACAGACUACUUAUCACCCGCAAAGGUUGGGGAACGUUAAUGGUAAUGUGGAAGAUAUUUAUUUAUUUAUUCAUCAAUUUGAUCAAAGACUGAUAAAAGUGUUGGGAAAUCUAAAGGAUUAACUGCGUGAAAGAAAAGCAAAGCAACAAAAUUGCCUUGCGGUGUGGUAAGGGCAGAGUCUUAAUGAGCGGUCCUAGCUGACGUGCUGUGGAAGGUGUCCUGUUAGUGGCUGCUGCGGUCAAUCCCUUUAUCCUCCUUUCGAGAAGUGUAGCUAAUCACCCAUAUUCACGACCUUCACAUCUCAUUUGAGGCAGCAGACAAAGCAAUGAAGAAGUAGAGAUGAUCCCUCUGUUGAUUGUGAUAAUGGCAGCUAUGGCUGAUGCGUGCACAGAUAAUUGUUCGACCCCCUCCAGGGAUUACUGCUACACGGCUCGGAUCCGCAGCACCGUGUUGCAGGGCCUGCCCUUCGGAGGAGUCCCCACUGUGCUGGCACUGGACUUCAUGUGCUUUCUGGUUCUACUGUUUGUGUUUUCAAUUUUGCGAAAGGUUGCGUGGGAUUAUGGACGGCUUGCUUUGGUGACGGAUGCAGACAGACGGAGGCAGAGUCACAGACAUUACAAAGAAGAGCGAAAAUAUGUGGCAUCUGCAAUCCAUUCUGAAAUGCCCCAGAGUUAUGAACGACUAACAUCAGUCUCCAGUUCAGUCGACUUUGACCAAAGAGACAAUGGAUUCUGUUCUUGGUUGACUGCCAUCUUCAGAAUAAAGGAUGAUGAGAUCCGAGAGAAAUGCGGGGGUGAUGCUGUGCAUUACCUUUCAUUCCAACGACAUAUCAUUGGACUGCUGGUGGUUAUUGGGGUUUUGUCUGUGGGAAUUGUAUUGCCUGUAAACUUCUCAGGAGACUUGCUAGAAAAUAAUGCAUAUAGCUUUGGAAGAACAACUAUAGCAAACUUAAAUUCUGGGAAUAACUUGCUGUGGUUGCACACUUCAUUUGCAUUUCUUUACCUAUUACUGACAGUAUACAGUAUGAGGCGGCAUACCUCCAGAAUGCACUACAAGGAAGAUGACUUGGUAAAACGUACUUUAUUUAUAAAUGGAAUUUCUAAAUAUGCUGAAGAAGAGAAAAUAAAGUUACAUUUUGAGCAUGCUUAUGAGAACUGCAAAGUGCUGGAGGCACGGCUCUGCUACGAUGUGGCCACACUCAUGUCUCUUGAUGGGGACAGAAAAAAGGCAGAGCGUAGCAGAAAAUUCUAUGCUGACUUGUGGGAUAAAGAACACAUCCACACCAUGAUCAACCCCAAACCGUGUGGACAUCUGUGCUGCUGUGUUGUCAAGGGAUGUGAGAAGGAGGAGGCUGUCUAUUACUAUACCAACCUGGAGGCCAAGCUGAAGAAGGACUACUUGAGGGAGAAGGAGAAGGUGUGUGAGAAGCCCCUGGGGAUGGCCUUCGUCACUUUCCAGAACGAGUCAAUGACUGCAAUUAUCCUGAAGGACUUUAAUGCUUGCAAGUGUCAGGGCUUUAAAUGCAGAGGAGAGCCUCAGUCCUCACCGUACAGUGGAAGCCUUCAUGUGCACAACUGGACAGUCAUCUACGCCCCUGACCCGCAGAAUGUGUACUGGGAGAACUUGUCUCUCGGAGGGGUAUCUUGGUGGCUGCGCUGCUUGGUCAUCAACUGUAUCCUCUUCCUUCUACUGUUCUUCCUCACUACUCCUGCCAUCAUCAUCACCACUAUGGACAAGUUUAAUGUCACCAAGCCUGUCGAGUAUUUAAAUAACCCAAUUAUCACCCAGUUUUUCCCCACACUCCUGCUGUGGUCAUUCUCUGCUCUCCUGCCAACUAUUGUUUACUACUCUGCCUUCUUUGAAGCUCAUUGGACAAGAUCGGGAGAGAACAGAACAACCAUGCAUAAAUGUUACACCUUCCUUAUAUUUAUGGUCUUGCUAUUGCCUUCUCUGGGACUCAGCAGUUUGGAUCUUUUCUUCCGCUGGCUGUUUGACAAGAAAUUCUUAGCAGAUGCUGCAGUCCGGUUUGAGUGCGUCUUUCUCCCUGACAACGGAGCUUUCUUUGUGAACUAUGUCAUUGCCUCUGCUUUCAUCGGUUGUGCUAUGGAGCUGCUGCGGAUCCCUGGACUGCUGCUGUACAUGAUCCGUCUGUGCCUGGCCAGAUCAGCAGCUGAGCGGCGCAUUGUAAAAAGACGUCAAGCAUACGAGUUCCAGUUUGGGUCUGCCUACGCCUGGAUGAUGUGUGUUUUUACCGUUGUCAUGACAUACAGCAUCACUUGCCCCAUUAUUGUCCCUUUCGGAUUGAUGUAUAUGCUACUGAAGCACCUGGUGGACAGAUACAACAUGUAUUAUGCAUACUUGCCUGCCAAGCUGGACAAGAAAAUCCACUCUGGAGCUGUUAACCAAGUGGUGGCUGCACCAAUUCUCUGUCUCUUCUGGCUGCUGUUUUUCUCCACUGUUAGGACAGGAUUUCUGGCUUCAACAUCCAUGUUCACCUUCGUGGUGCUGAUCAUCACUAUUGUCAUCUGCCUUUCUCAUGUCUGCUUUGGGCACUUCAAAUACCUCAGUGCUCACAACUACAAGAUUGACACACAGGAACCCGAAGUGGACGGUGUUGAAAAUGGACACCCUCCGCAGUCUUCUCAGUCUCCACCAAAGUCUGCGAUGUACAUCGCCCAGGUUCUGCAGGAUCCCAACUCGGAUGAGGUGUCUGCAGCAGGCAGUGGUGACGAUGAGCAGGGUUCCAACGACGAGGAGCUGAUCAAUCCGGACGACAGCCUCAACGAGGCAGACUUCCAGUCCGGAGAGGACAGUCUGAUAGCCAACGAGGUUCUAGCAAACCAAUAACUGGUAGACAAAACUCAGAACAGGAGGACCAAGUGCCAUACAGACUUAUAUACACCAAACCAACAGCUCGUAAUUAGAUGCAGAGUCCAGGAGUCUUACAGAUACAGGCCUGUCUGUUUGCACUGCUAACUGCCCAUCUAACACACACACACACACACACACACACACACACACACACACACACACACACACGUUCCAAUCUGCCCUGCAGCAGCAUAGCCCUGCACAACUCCCUCUACAAUUUUAUAUUUCUAAAGAGAUGGAUGGAUGAAAGGAGCUGCAGCUGGAAUAUCAGGGUCUUUUUUUCUAAAUAAAUGCUUGUUGGGCUGGGCAAAAAAAAGGUGUUUAUAAUCAUAGGUAGAAAAACAAUUUGUUGGUGGCUGAUUUGCGUUGCAUAGUUCUCUGACUAAAUUUCCCAGCAGACGAUUGAGGUUUGUAAUAUAAUGAUAUACAUAUGUGAAUAAUGUUAACCCUGCCCCCAAGAUGCAAAUACAUUUUUGUAUAGAUAAUAAUGUUGCUUUAUUUAAUUAAAUGCCAAUUAAUCACCUCUGUGGACAGGAGGUUAUCAGUUAAUGUAGGACUUAUAAAAGGUCGUUACAAACCUGUUACUGUGUGUGAAAUCGUGCGAAUUGGAAACAAUCGUGCUGCAUGCUCUAGCAUACGUAUGUCCCAGGAGGACUGAAAACACUUAUUUGUGCUCUCGGUAGAAAAUGCUUUAUGAUGAUGGUAUAAAAAUAGUAAGUUAUCCAGUGCUGUUUUUAUACCAUUACCAAAAAUGCAAAGCAGAAUACUGCUGUAGGUUCAUUAGAAAUUAUUUGGUUAACUCCAGCAGUAUUCAGGGCUUAUUUUAAGAUCUGUCUGUAUGGUACCUGGGCCAGCCAUACAAUUAUUUUUAUUUUCUUGGUUCUGAGAAGCUAACAUUGAUGCCAAUGACGCCGCAACAGCAGUGACCAGCUAAAUAUGACUAGGAAUUGUAUUGCUUCUAGGAUUAGGCUGAACCGUGUUUGACAGACAGACUGAAAGUAGCACUAACUUUCUAAUCAACAAAAAAAUGCGCUGUUUUCCUCCUAAUCUAGAUGCACUACUAAAAAGAAAAGGAUCCUCAUACAUGAACUAUGAAUUAAGAUUCACGAAGCACACUUAAGGGUGGUUACCUGACCCUUCUAUAGCUUCUUGAACAAGCACUGAGAAUGUCGAGCAGUAACCAAUAAACAGUAAAAGAGUUGUGAUGGGACCUUCAGCCAUAAAGCAUGUGCACUAAAAUGUGGCAAGGUGACCAAGGACGGUAACAUUCUCAUUUCAUAGAAAAAAUACAACUAUAUAGAUCCACUUGAAAUGGUGUGCAAUGCUUAUAUGUUUUGAAGUAAAUAAAACAAUAAGCAAGAGUUUUGGUUUCUGUUUUUUAUUUUUUUAUUUUAUAUACAUUUUUUUAUACCAAGAUUUUUUUUUUUUUUUUUUUUUUUUUUUUUUUACUUAAAAAAUGCAUCUUAAUCAUAAUAGUACCAAAUUACUUUUUUGCACUUUAUAAGACAGCUUACGGAGUUUUUUUUCUGUCACUGGUCAUUACAGGUUCAAUACAUUUGCAUACUAAAAAUCUUGAUCUGUUAGGUUUUAGCAUUACAGUAGGUAGUGCUUUUUGGGCCCCAUAAAUGAUAUAAUGUACCUGAUGAUUGCAGAGUACCACAUCCACUCCAGUAUUACUGUGGUACAGGUGUGUUGCAUCCCUGAUUUGACCUUAUUGUGCUUGAAACACCCUGGUAAUAAACAAGAAGUACAGCACAUUUGGCAGUGCAGUGUAUAGUCACUCCUUACAAGCAGACUGAAAGAAUGGUAAAUGUUGUGGCAUUUAUUUACUGUUCCUUAAAUGGUCUUUAUGGUGAAACAUGCAUUUUAAAUACUGGUAACAUUUUGUAAUGAAUACUUAAAAAUAGCAAACUACUAUUCAGAAAAUUACAGGAAAAACAGACUAUAUUAAGCAGUCCUUUAAAAGCUAAAGAUUACUUCAGGGUACUUUUUCUGGCGCUAUUGUUUUAUAGUGCUGUUAUUUGACAAAUACUACUUUUAAUUGCAGCAUCUUCCAUAACAGCAGAUUGAUACAAAUAGAAACACUGUCAAUGUUACUAACAGAAUGACCAUGACGUUUACAUGUAUUUCAUUAAUGAAGUGUCAUUGAAGUUCUGAAGCCUGCUGUAAAUUUGCAUUAGGAAACACGAAAACUGUUGGGGAGAACUUUUAAAUGCUUUAGCAAUUGUGAGUGAAGUGUACAUAUUACAUCUGCAGAGCAUAAAUGUUUAUAUGACGCAUCUUUAUGCCAAUGAGAGUAAGGAUUGUUUCAAAUUCUGUUUUUAUAAGCUUCUGGUUGUGAAUAAUCGUGUAAUCCUAAAUAUAAGCAAGCAAAGCUAGUCUGAGACACUGUAACUGUAUACUUAAUUAUUUGAAAUUAAAUCAUGAUCCCUGAUCAUUUGCUGGUGGGUUUUUUUCUUCAGUUUGGAGUGUAAAAAAUCACACACUCUCGUUUGCAGUCUUUUUUUGUAUGGCACAUUGUGGUUCUGUUUUUAAACUUUCAAAUAACUGACUUUGAGUUGGUUUCCUGUUCAUUGCUGUUUGUGUAAGGACACUGUUUAAAGGCACUUCAGAAGUUGGUUAUGGCAGUCAAAGGCACAAUUGCUUUAGAUGUCCCCUAUAUUAAAGACAGUGUUAAUAUAUUUUUGACACACUUGGGUCAUUCUGUGUGAAAUCAUCCAAAAUCCAAGAUUGAGAUUUUGCUUACAUUUUGUGUAGUGGAAGAUACAGGUCAGGUAUGAAACCAGGCCAGAUAUUUAAGCUCAAUGAUGAAAAUGUGUUGAUACACCCCCUUUUGUAAGGGGGUGGGGGAGGGGGGUCAUAAUUGAAACUCGUCUCAUUUUGGAGUGAUUUUUGAGGAUCUAAAUGAUAUUUAGAAUGUCAGAAGCGCUAUGAAUGUUUCUGUACAGAUAGCCAGAUAAUUCUGUAGAAUUCUUGCAAAAUAAGUACUGUAUUGCUGGGGGCCUUAAUUGAAAAAUUAUCCAAUUGUCAAAUUCCUGAGUGAUUUUUAAGUGCAUGUUCCUUCUAAAGUAGAAGAGCUAUCACUUUCAAAUUGCUUGGGUGUGCUCAUAAUUUAACUGACUUUCUAUAUGCUGCUCUGCUACUGACUACCUGCUUUACUGUCUGAUUAAAUGACCCCACAAAAUAACCCAAAACAACAUAAAUGUGUUCAUGUUUGUACAUUUAUUAAACUGUGAAGGAGACAGAUUACAAAGUCAAUUAUCUUACCACAAGUCCUUCAAAUCCUCAUCUAUAAACCCACCAAAGGUCAGUUUGUUAACUCGUGUCCCACAAGGGGUUUCAGCCCUUCAAAGAUGGGGCCAUUUUCAAUAAUUUCAUCCUGAAGCCUUUUUGUGGGGCCAUUAAAACAGACAGUAAAGUAGGCAGACAGUAGCAGAAGAGCUGCAUACAGAAAGUCAGUUAAAUUAUGAGCACACCUAAGCAAUUCUCGAUAAUAUCUCUUCUACUUUAGAAGGAACAUGCACUUAAACACAGAAAUACUAAAUUUUGCAUGAAUUCUACAGAAGACCUCCCUGGCUAUCUGUACAGAGGCAUUCGUAAGGCUACUGACAUUCUAAAUCUCAUUUUUUAGAUCCUCAACAUCACUCCAAAAUGAGCCGUGUUUCAAGUAUGACUACACCCCACCCCCCACCCCUACAAAACAGGGUGUAUCGCAGCAAGUCUUCAUCAUUGAGCUUAAAUAUCUGGCCUGGUUUCAUACCUGACCUGUAUCUUCCACACACAAAAUAUAAGCAAGAUCAAAAUCUUGAGGCGGGGAGCUCUGGUUGAGUUGACACGGAAUGACCCACAACAAAAAGUCUAACCAAGUUUACUAGAUCUUUUAUUCCUAACGGGUAGUUACUACUGACCAAAAAAUGAUUUGAAAUCUACAGGACCAAUGAAUACAAAAUCAGGUUUUGAUGCAUUGGGCUGUUGUGAAGUGGUGUUUAUUUUUUCUGGGUGCCAGUGAAAUCUACUGAAAAAGUAGGUGGGAGUGAGUACAAAAAACCUGGGUUUCUGGCAGAAGUCAUGUUAUGAAGAGACAUGAGUUUGAUACUCUAUCUUCUCAUUGCAUCUUCCCCUGGGGUCUGUGCAGCAGUCUUGCAUUUGCAUAUCUGUAGGGUAUAAAUAAGGCAGUGUAGUACUUUCUUUAGAAUGGAGGCUAACCCUGAAAUCAUGAUGAUGUAAACCAUUUUGAAAGCCUCUGAUCUGGUAGAGGUCACUGUACACUAACAGGUUUAGUUUUGCUAAAAUUGAAUGUGGAAAUACUAAUCAGGGUUGUCUACAAGGUACUGACUAAUACACACUAGUACCUUAAACUUUGGGGCUUUAGAAAGUGGAUGUAUACUGUAUAAAUUGUUUGUACUGACGGAUUACCGGCAAAAUAGUGGUAAAGCUGAAAUAGUAUGUCUCUUUAUGUUAGUAUGUCUCUUUCCAAACUGAUUGGCAGCAUUUGGUAGCGCUUAAACUUUUGACUGGCAUUGUGUUUCAUUUUGUAUAUCGCUUGAAUAUUGUGGCUCUUUAUAGUAAACAUACACCGUAGCAUUAAAGUUGCUGGAUUACAACCAAUUAGUCACAUGCAUCUGAAUACAGGCUGUUGUCAACCAAGUAAUGUUGCUGUGAAUGUGUUUCAAUAAAGGUACAUACAUUCAUAUGUUGUUAUCCUUAACAAAACAAACCAAGAUUUACUUUUUUUUGCAGUCUUUUUUUUGCUGCUUUAGAAUAUUAGUGAUGUAAUAUUCAAGGCCAUCGAUGUACAUUCUCUUCCAAAUGAAUUACUUUCUGCUACUUGGCAAAUAAUGUGUGUCUAGGUAUGAAAGGGUUUAUCAGCAUGGUCACAUGUGCAAAUGUUAAAGGAUUCUUUUAUAGAUAGCCUUCCUUAACCACACUAUUGCUGUAAAGUAAUGGUAGUGUGGUGUUAAUAAGUACAUAUGUACAGCUUUGUGUAAGUGAUGAACAUGGGGGUGGGGUGGGAGUGCGGUAUGUUGACAUGUACAGGAUAUAGACACUAGUGCUUGUUUUGUUUUUUGUUUUCCUUACUAGUAACUUGUUUUUGUCUGCAAUACAUUUUAUAAAAGUGUUCCUCCAUUAUAUUCUGUAUUUCACUUAAUUUGCACAGUUUCUGUGGGCUAUUUUGUAUUUUUUUCAGAAGGCUGUGUCUGUAUGGUGAUACAUUUGUAAAUGUAUUCAGAUCCCUUAAACAACAAUAAACUUGGUAUUCAUCUUUA